CGUCAAGAUCUAGAUAUGAGCUAGUUUACAGUUCAUUAAGGACACGAGGGACGCAGAUGUCCUGACCAGUCAAUGGACUCACCGUGUCGUGCACGGAUUGAGCAUUAGGCGUGAAAUCUGAAAUCAUUGCGCGAGCAUUAACAAGGCAGUUCAUUUCUAAGAAGACCCAUUUUGGACUGUUGCACAAUCUUCUACAGCGGCAGAAGCCAACCCACCCUGCCUUACCUAUAGCCUACACUCACUUAGACACGCAAACACACAGUCCCGAGAGUGGAUGUGCUUAGUGUGUGUCUAGGCGCGCGUAAGCACGGCGUCAAGAAGGCGAGCGGUGUGAGUCGCAGUAAAGGCGCACACACACACAGAGGCUCAUACACACGCGCACACUGAACACACCGGAGGAGAUAUUCCCUGAGAAACACCACACGCACUAGCACACAGCUACGCUUUCCGACGUGCUGCAAGUCCAGAUGCGUCAGUUACUCAACCAGUAGAGGCGAUAGUAUCCGAGUGUCUGUGUUGACCGAAGCUUCUACGGCGCGCUCAGAUUCCUGUCAGCGAAGAGAAGAUGCUGUGCGCGAAGUUGCGGAGUCUUGGAUCGGUGGGGAUCUUUCUGUGGUUCGCGCUCCUGUUCAAAGGCUCCCUUCAGGGAGAGUACCAGAGGCGUCUCUAUAAGGAGUUGAUGGAGAACUACAAUCGUCUGGAGAGACCCGUGCUCAAUGAUUCCAACCCCGUACUGGUGGAGCUGGGAAUGACAUUACUGCAGAUUAUUGAUGUGGAUGAGAAGAACCAGGUGCUGAUGACGAACGCCUGGCUGCAGCUGUACUGGACCGAUGUCUACCUGAGCUGGAACCCUGACAACUACCCAGGUGUGCAGAACCUGCGCUUCCCAUCCCAUCAGAUCUGGACCCCUGACAUCUUGCUGUACAACAGUGCGGACGAGCGUUUCGACGCCACCUUCCACACUAACGUGCUGGUGAAUGCGUCAGGCUACUGCCAGUACAUCCCGCCGGGUAUCCUGAAGAGCACCUGCUACAUCGACGUGCGCUGGUUCCCCUUCGACGUGCAGAAGUGCGACCUGAAGUUCGGCUCGUGGACGCACAACGGCUGGCUGCUGGACCUGCAGAUGCUGGCGGUCGACACGUCCACCUACAUCCCCAACGGAGAGUGGGACCUCGUGGGCGUCCCAUCCAAACGUAACGAGCUGUACUAUGACUGCUGUAAGGAGCCGUACCCGGACGUGACGUUCACGGUGACCAUGCGCCGGCGGACGCUGUACUACGGCCUGAACCUCAUCCUCCCCUGCAUGCUCAUCUCAGGACUGGCCCUGCUCGUCUUCCUGCUGCCCGCAGACUCCGGGGAGAAGAUCUCCCUCGGUAUAACAGUCCUGCUGUCGCUGACGGUCUUCAUGCUGCUAGUGGCUGAGAUCAUGCCAGCCACCUCAGACUCUGUCCCUCUGAUUGCUCAAUACUUUGCGAGCACCAUGAUGAUCGUAGGGCUGUCGGUGGUCGUCACCGUUAUGGUGCUGCAGUUCCAUCACUAUGACCCGCAGGGAGGAAAGAUGCCCAAAGUGGUGCGAGUGGUGCUGCUAAAUUGGUGCGCCUGGUUCUUACGCAUGAAGCAGCCAGGUGAUGACCUCAAGCAGAAGCAACAUCUGCAGCAGCAGCAGCAGCAGGCGCAGCAGCAGCAGCAGCAGCAGCAGCAGCAGCAGCAGUCCUCCAGCUACAAGUACCGCCAUCCGCCUGCCCACCACUCCAGCUCCAGCAGCAUGGAGAUGGGUACCAUACCCGGCCUCACCCACCCACUCCACCCGGCGACGCUCUCCCCAGCCCCCACACCCACGGGGGCCAGCAACGGCACCAUGAACCUCUACUUCAGCUACCACGCCCUGGACGCCAUGCCCCCAACCUGCCAGCAGCAGCAGCAGCAGCAAGCCCUCAGCACCGACUCUGGGAUGGUGCUUGGCGGUUCCCGGUGCAUCGUUGGGGACGAACGGGACGUGCCGGUAUCGGCGGCGGUGGCAGCGGCGCUGCUGGCCGAGUGCUCGCCGGAGAUCCGCCGCAUCCUGGACGAGGUGACGUACAUCGCCCAGCGGUUCCGUGAGCAGGACCAGGGCGAGGCUGCGUGCAGCGAGUGGAAGUUCGCGGCCGCCGUGGUGGACCGUCUCUGCCUGGUGGCCUUCUCCCUCUUCUCCAUCAUCUGCACCUUCUCCAUCCUCAUGUCCGCGCCCAACUUCAUCGAGGCCGUCUCCAAAGACUUCACAUAAGGACUCCGAGGAGAGGAGAGAAGAGGAGAGGA